GAACCUUCGUGGGCCCUUUUCCGCUAGCUAUCCAAGAUGGGUUACCGAGGGCUGAGGAAGCAUAUGAAGCGCCUUACGGCGCCCAAACAUUGGAUGCUGGAUAAACUGGGUGGUGUCUUUGCCCCUAGAGCAAGCACUGGCCCACACAAGCUGAGGGAGUGCCUUCCCUUGAUUGUGUUCCUCCGUAACAGGCUAAAAUAUGCUCUGACCUACACUGAGGUGAAGAAGAUUGUGAAACAGAGACUGAUCAAGGUUGACGGCAAGGUCCGCACUGAUAUGGGAUUUCCUGGUGGAUUUAUGGAUGUUAUCACCAUUGAAAAGACCGCAGAGAACUUCAGAUUGAUCUACGACGUGAAAGGACGAUUCACAGUUCACAGAAUAAAACCAGAAGAGGCAAAGUACAAGCUGUGUAAAGUUCGGCGUGUUCAGACUGGCCCCAAGGGAGUGCCCCUGCUGUACACCCACGACGGGCGCACCAUCCGUUAUCCCGACCCUCUGAUCAAGGUCAAUGACACAGUUCUCCUGGACAUUGCCACAAGCAAAAUCAAGGACUUCAUCAAGUUCGAUUCAGGAAACUUGUGCAUGAUCACUGGCGGUCAUAACUUGGGACGAGUGGGUACUAUCACCCACAGAGAGAGGCAUCCAGGAUCAUUUGACAUUGUUCAUGUCAAGGACAGUCUGGGACACUCAUUUGCUACCAGAUUGAGCUAUGUGUUUGUGAUCGGGAAAGGAAGCAAACCGUGGGUGUCCCUGCCCCGUGGUAAGGGAGUCCGGCUGUCUAUCGCUGAGGAGAGAGACAGGAGACUGGCAGCCAAACAAUCACAGUAAACUUCAUGAACUGCUAACAUUGCACUGUGAACACCUGUCGUGUAAUAAAGAAAAAAAAAUAUCAAAAAACA